AAUACCAGUUUAAGCGGCUUUCGAUUAGAAUCAACAAUCGUAACCAUCGAGAUUUGCGUAAAAUUUAGAUACAAUUUCAUCUUUACAACUAAUCAUGAUUAGGAAUAUUAAAUUUAAUUGCGAUCUUCAGGGGUUACUACAUAUGAGCUUUAUUAUAGCAUAUUGGAUCUACGGCUCUUGGAGUACUUUAUUUGUUAUUUUAAUUCCUCACUAUAAGGAGAACCAUGUCUCCUUACUAUCAAUCGCAAUGUUUUGUACUAUUUCAUUGUUUUGCAUUUUAAGUUUAUUUAGAGCUACAAUGACGAAUCCAGGAAAAGUACCAGAUUCUCAAUUUUAUGAACCAGAGAGUAAACUUAUUGAACAUAGCUCAAUUUCAAUUGAAGUACCGACUCAACCAAAGACAUACUGCGACAAAUGUCAGAAGAGAAGGCCCGAUAGGGCACAUCACUGUAAAAGAUGUAAACAAUGCGUUUUGAAAAUGGAUCAUCAUUGUCCUUGGAUAAAUAAUUGCGUUGGCGAAGCUAAUCAGGGACGUGAUUUAUAUAAGAAACUCGUAGCAAAAUAA